AUGUCGCAGCAGCUGGAGGAUCAAACAUUCCACAAUUGUGUCUCCAAAGUAAUACGGUUAUCUUUUAUGACGACAGGUACAAUAUCUUUGUUUGUCGUGUGCAUGCUGGAGCAUGUGUACUUUUGGCGUUUGGCCAUAAAGUGGCCAUUUAUCAUGCGAGCCUGGCGCCGCACCGAGGAGAUAUUCCUGCGACCGCCCUAUCGAAUAUAUGCGACAUAUAAUAUGAAGGCACGCAUUUACGCAUUAACCUGUCUGGUUAUGUUCAGUGCCAUGGUGGAGCACAGUUUUCUUGUAUUUAAUUCAUUUCAUAAAAGCAAUUUAGAACGCACACAAUGCAAAUACAACAUCACCUUCUGGGAAAGCCUCUACAGACGGGAAAGGCCACACUUAAGCAAAGUUUUACCAUUUAACUUUUGGUAUUUGCCUGUGGUGGAAUGGAUUAAUUUAACCUUGGCUUACCCCAGGUCAUUUACUGAUGCCUUCAUYAUUUGUGUAAGCGUGGGCUUGGCGUCACGUUUUCAUCAACUGUAUCUACGGAUCGAAUCUGUGCAUAACAAGGUCUUACCAAUGCUUUUCUGGACCGAAGUACGUGAACAUUUCCUUGAGUUGAUACAUCUCAUGCGUUUACUUAACGAUAAAAUAGCUCCACUGAUACUAUUGGCAUGCAGUAAUAAUAUGUACUUUAUCUGCUUUCAGCUGUUCAAUAGUUUCCAAAAUAUCGGCGUUGACCUGGUUGCUGUUACCGCUUUCUGGUAUUCCUUGUUUUUCGCCAUCUUUCGCACCAUCCUUACACUUUUCAUGGCCUCCUCUGUUAAUGACUACAGCAAGCGGAUAUUGUGUACUCUGCGCAGCGUACCAAGCACGUCGUGGUGUGUGGAGGCCCAACGRUUCAGCGAGCAGUUGGCUUUCGACUUAACAGCUUGGUCUGGCUGCGGUUUCUUCUUCAUUACGCGACAACUAAUUUUGGCGAUGGCCGGCACAAUCUUUACCUAUGAGGUGAUGGUUACUGAUGUCAUCAACAAAGGGUCCAUUCAGCAAGUUACGAGYUAUUGCAGACCGAUUGAGUACGAAGCUGAAAAUGAGCGAAAUUAA